AUGAUUAGUGAGACUUCAAAGGAGCGACGCGGGAAGCAUCUGCCCUUACAUAUCCUUAUCCUGUGCUUACUUAAUGAUGGGACCCACAGUCAGACAACCUGCAGCCAGCCUGUCUCCACGGAGUGGCAUCUGCAACCGCAGAGCAUGCGCAUCACAUGGACCCUUGCUGAAAGAAUCUGCAGGAGCGCUGCCGAGUGUUGGGGCAUGCCCUGGGAAGCAGAGGGGGAGGGUCUGUACCCUUUCCCUCAGAUGUGUCCCCUGCAGCUACAGCUGAGGGACAGACUCCUCCUUUCUCCUGAUAGUACCCUACAAUCGUACAGGAUUCAGCUUGUCAAUGUGUCAGAGGAGGACUUUAAAAACUGCAAUGCCCCCAGCUUUUCCCAAAACCCACUUCUCCUUGGUGUGAACAUGAAUCAGACUGUGGAAGUGGAUCAAAAUUGGCUGUCUGCGGGCACGCACUAUUUUACCUCCUUCCAUCAAGGUAGUUCCCAAUUAUGUCGGGUUGGUCUUCGCCUCAAUGUCACAGUGAAGGAACAGCUGUGUCAAAGAGCUCCACCUGAGCCACUUUGCUCCGGCCAUGGAGUCUGCAGGAGCCGGCUUUGGGAGGAUGUAUACAGUUGUCAGUGCAAUAAAUAUUACUCUGGACAGUUCUGUGAACAGUUUGAUGCCUGUUCUGAAAACCCCUGUGCUAAUGGUGCAGUUUGUGUAAGGAAAACUUCAUCAUCACAGAACCACUCACCGUACGAGUGUUUAUGUCCAUCACAAUUUACAGGUGUCAGCUGUUCUGAAAUCAUUGGAAAUUGUGAUAAAAGAUGUGUCAAUGGAAGAUGUCAUCAAGUAACACCGAACUCUUUCCAGUGUGUUUGCGACCCAGGAUACACAGGCACUGAGGACAGUGCCUCCGACAAAUGCAGAAGCCUGGGCUUGGGGUCCCGCACUCCUGCUUGUUCCCCGAGCGAGUGGUUCCUUGACUUCAGCGAGGCUGUCCACUCAUUAAUCACUUGGAAGUUAGCGGCUGCCUCAGCGUCAGCUGGCCUCCUAGGCCACAGCCUCGGUAUUUUCUGCCAGGAGAAGGUAACCUACUGUGGCUCCAACCCAUGUAAAAAUGGAGCUGUGUGUAAAGAUGGUGUGAAUGGAUAUGUUUGUACAUGUCCAGAGGGCUUCACCGGGCUUAACUGUGACACUGAACUUCGCGGCAACUGCACAUCGCAUGGAUGUGAACAGGAACAACCAUGCGUCACUGAGGAAAAUAAUUACAUGUGUGCCUGCGCAGAUGGCUCUGCGGGCGUGCAGUGUGGGGAGCGCCUUGGACCGUGCAGCUCGGGCCCCUGUUUCAAUAACGGCAGCUGCCUGUCGCAGGGGGAGGACUACUACUGCAGAUGCCUCAGAGGUUUUACCGGCAAGAACUGUGAGGAAAUAAUUGACUACUGCAGGCUGCUGAGUAUCAGGUGUCUGAAUGAGGGAUUGUGUCUCAACAUAAUUGGUGGAUAUAAUUGUCUCUGUGCGCCUGGAUGGACGGGCGAGACUUGUCAGCACGUAGAGAAUGCUUGCCUGAUCUACCCCGACAGCUGCCUCCAUGGAGCGACAUGCAUUGACACCAGCCAGCCAGGGGCACCCCCCCGAUACACCUGCGCCUGCCGCCAUGGCUACACAGGAGACCACUGUGAGACAGAAGUGAAUGAGUGUGCCUCAAACCCCUGCCGUCACAAUGGAACGUGCACUGACCUCAUCGGAAGCCACAGAUGCACAUGCCCCGUGGGAUUUUUGGGUGAAAACUGUGAGGUAGAUGUAGAUGCCUGUGCCCUUCCAAACGCCACCUGUCCUAUGGGAUUGUGGUGCUUGGACCUUCCAGAUGGCCUGGAGUAUACUUGUCACCUACCCUGUCCCCCACAUACACAGCCAUGCGCUAAUGGGGGUCGCUGUUUUCUGAACAACACGGACACAUACAGUUGUGUCUGCGCACCUGGAUGGACUGGACACACCUGUCUGGAAAAUAUCGAUGACUGUGUUGAGCACUGGUGUCAAAAUGGGGCUACCUGUGUGGAUGACAUCGCUGGAUACAGGUGUCUGUGUCCUCAUGGCUUCACUGGGGCUUAUUGUGAGUUGGUUAUUGAUUACUGUAUUGGAAACCUGUGUUCCAACCAUGGUGCAUGUCUGAAUCAGCGCUACAACUACACAUGCCGUUGCAUGCUGGGAUAUGAAGGGAGGUACUGUGAAUUGAAGAUAGAUGAGUGCAGAAGCUCCCCAUGUGCCAAGGGAGCCACCUGCCUGGAUGUCAUCGGAGGCUACCUGUGCCACUGUCCGCCUGGGUUUGAAGGCAGAACAUGUGCUGAGAAUGUGAAUGACUGCUGGUCCAAGCCCUGUCUUAACGGAGGGACUUGUGUGGAUCUGAUCAAUAACUACACAUGUCUUUGCCCCUUUGGAUUCGGGGGUGGCGACUGCUCGACGGCAGCGAUCCGGUGUGCAUCCAAUCCCUGCCACCCUGAGGGGAGCCUCUCCUGUGAAGAGCUGGCGAACGGCUUCAAAUGCGUGUGCCAACAUGGGCGAACGGGGCGCUUCUGCGAAACUCCCAUCAGCCACUGCGAGGAUGGGCUGUGUCAACAUGGAUCAAAGUGCAUGGAUCUCUCUGAAGGGUUCCAGUGCGUUUGUUUACCUGGUUUUACAGGUGAGUUUUGUGAAGUGGACAUAGACGACUGCCAGAGCAAUCCCUGUGGAGCCUUGAGUAUUUGCAAAGAUACCCUAAAUGGCUACAACUGUUUCUGCGCUCCUGGAUUUAUAGGCGUAGACUGCCAAAUUGAGGUUGAUGAGUGCCUGAGCCAACCGUGCCAGAAUGGAGGGUCCUGCUAUGAUGAGCUCAACAACUUCAGAUGCAUCUGUCCAGACGGUAUUGCAGGCGACUCUUGUGAAAUCAACAUAGACGAGUGUCUCUCAUCGCCCUGUCUGCAUGACGCCACGUGCCUUGACCUUGUUGAUGGAUAUGAGUGCCUCUGCCUCCCAGGAUUCGCUGGGACAGAGUGUCAGCUGGACAUUGAUGAGUGCGCCUCGUCUCCUUGCAAGAACGGAGCCACUUGCAUUGACCAGCCUGGUAAUUACUCCUGCCAGUGUGUGGCUCCAUUUAAAGGUGUGAACUGUGAGUUUCUGCCGUGUGAGGCCAACAACCCCUGCGAGAAUGGGGCUGAGUGUGUAGAGGAGCCAGACCAUGCCCUCUUCCCCCUGGGCUUCCGCUGCCAGUGUGUCCCCGGAUUCGCUGGGCCCCGCUGUGAGGUCAACGUGGAUGAAUGCAGCUCCAACCCCUGCCAUCACGGUUUCUGCUAUGAUGUUGUAGGUGGAUAUUACUGCCUCUGCAACCCAGGGUAUGCCGGAGUGAGAUGCGAACAAGACAUUGACGACUGCGUCAACAACAUGUGUGAAAACAACUCCACCUGCGAAGACUUGCAUUUGAGUUACCAGUGCCUCUGUCAGCCUGGCUGGGAGGGGGAAUUCUGCCAGUACGAAACAGAUGAAUGUGCCUCGUGGCCAUGCAAAAACAAUGGCUCUUGCCUGGACCUCCACAACAACUACACGUGCACAUGCUCUCCAGGCUGGAGUGGGCGGGACUGCGCAGAGGAUGUGAAUGAGUGUGAUUCAGGCCCGUGCAUGAAUGGGGCACGAUGUGUGGAGUCUGCUACCCCCGGCGAGUUCUCCUGUAUCUGUGCCCCAUUCUUCACUGGUACCCUGUGUCAACAGCCCUUUGACCCAUGCAACGCCCACCAUGACCCUUGCCUGAACAACUCUACCUGUGAGACAGACGCCAAUGGGAUGGUCACCUGUCGGUGUUCACCAGGAUUUGAGGGAACCCACUGUGAAAUCGACACCAACGAAUGCAUCUCCAGCCCCUGUCAACAUCAAGGAUACUGUCUGGACAGGGUCAACAGUUACAGCUGUGAGUGUAAAGUUGGAUUUUCUGGUCGCCACUGUGAAGAAGACAUCAAUGAGUGUGCCUCCAACCCCUGCCAAAAUGGAGGGAUCUGCCAGGACCUUGUGAACAGGUUCCGUUGCAACUGCCCACCUGGGUACUUUGGAGCCCUGUGUGACCUGGACGUUAAUGAGUGUGAAGUUUCACCCUGUCUACAUGAGGGCCUCUGCAUCAACAUGCCAGGAGGUUUCAAAUGUGUCUGUCUUCCGGGAUUCUCAGGGGUCUGGUGUGAACUGAACAUUGACGAGUGCUCCUCAGACCCAUGUCGAAAUGGUGGGAAGUGUAUCGAUGGGCCCAAUCAGUACCGCUGCAUGUGUUCUCCUGGCUUCAUGGGCGUCAGCUGUGAGACCAACAUUGACGAAUGUGCCUCCAGCCCUUGUCUUCACGGCAGCUGCAUUGAUGAGGUUGAUGGAUACUCCUGUCAGUGUGAGCUGGGAUGGGCAGACCAAAGAUGUGAGACUAAUAUUAAUGAGUGUGAGUCCAGUCCAUGUUUUAAUGGAGCGUCCUGUGUGGAUCUGAUAAACAAGUAUGCUUGCUUUUGCCUGGAUGGAUUCACCGGAAAGCAUUGUGAAGUGGAUGUGGAUGUGUGUCUGGAGGCCCCUCAGAAUAUCUCUCUCUGCUUCAAUGGCGGGACUUGCCUGGAUGGACUAGGUUCAAACUUCACCUGCAGCUGUCCCACAGGGUUCUUCGGUGACCACUGCGAACUGGAGAUUAAUGAAUGCUGCUCAGAGCCAUGUCUUCAUGGUGCCAUCUGCCAAGACCUCAUAAAUGGAUACCGCUGUCACUGCAGACCAGGUUGGACAGGCCUUCACUGUGAGGAUGACAUUAAUGAGUGCCUGCCGCAGCCCUGCAGUCAGGGGAUGUGCAUCCAGAAUGAUCCAGGCCAUGGAUACACCUGUUUCUGUCAUCCCGGAUUUGUGGGGAAGAAAUGCGAACAUAAUUAUGACGACUGUCUGCUGCAACCCUGCCCAUAUGCCUAUGAGUGCGUGGAUGGUAUCAACAAUGUCAGCUGUGUCCCCACAGCCACCAGCAACCACACCUUGCAUGCAAUGACACCAAUCCCCCAGAGCCCCCUCAACCCAACACCAAUGCCACAGUCCACAGCACUGCCAGAUAAAAGCCUGCAGAACACAGAUCAGCCAACAGAUUUCAGCUAUGUAUCCUACUCUGGUGAUUCCUAUAUGGAGUUUGAAGGCAUCAGUCUUGGUGUCACCAGCAACUUUUCAAUAAGGUUUCAAAGCAAAGAAUCAGAAGGAACCAUUCUGUAUGUUGACCAAGGACCAGUCACAAAUGGCUACUUCUUCAUCAAACUCUUCAUUCAGCAGGGAAUGCUGCAGUAUGAAUUCACCUGCAACCAAGAAGAAGGGAUAAGAAAGAUCGAUACAAUGAUCCAAGUGGACAAUGGGGAGGAAUACAUGGUGUACAUCAGGCAGCACUUGGACCCAUGUGAAGCAGAGGUAACGGUGUCUGGCUACAAAAGGGUGCGGAGCAUGCUCAGCAAUUAUUGGUCAGGACUGACCUUUCAGAAAACAGGUCAUCUCUUCAUUGGAGGGCUACCUCUCGGUUAUCCAUCCUAUCAGGGCAAUCAACCUUUCUACAAUUAUACCGGCUGCAUUGAAAUCAUGGAAAUUAACAAACUGAGAGGAUUCUACACAUCCAACGCCAUUGGUGGCAGCAAUGUGGACAAUUGCAGAUCACAAUGUUUCCAUGGUAAAAGACUCAGUUCUUCCACUCACAAUCAGUGGGUGUUUACAAACACCAGGGCUGUUGGCGGAAUGUACACGCCCACCAUGGCACCCACGCCAGCUCUGGCUCAGCCCGCAGACUCCUGUCACGAUGAGCCGUGCCAGAAUGGGGGGACGUGCCGGCCGCUGCAGCUGCCGAGCGGGGCUGCAUCCUUCCAGUGCGACUGCCCCCUGCACUUCACUGGGCCACUCUGCCAGAAAGACACCACUGUAUUUUUCCCAUCUUUCAAUGGGAUGUCUUACCUGGAGCUGCCCUCUCUCACCUCUCUGCUGGAGUAUGACGGAGAUGCAGACGUCCCAUUUUUCCCAGAAGCAGAGGAUGUAGUUACACUUUAUUUGACCGUGAAAUCGAACGCCUCCCAGGGCACCAUCCUUUACACUCAGGAGCACAAUUUUGGUGAUCGGUUUCUACACGUGUUCCUCGAGGAUAGAAGACCUGUUGUCAAGCUGGGUUGCAGUGGUACUCACGUUUUGACUGUGGAGGCGGGUCAAAACAUCAGCAAUGAUAGGUUGAUCCCAAUCACAAUACGAUAUUUCCUGUCUGUGGGUGAAGAAGGAGGGAACUGUGGGAUUGAAAUAGCUGUGGAUGAUGGGACAGUUAACCAAAAGGUUGAGUACCUGUUCCACCCUAUGUCAAAGGUGGGUUUUGGACCCCUGUUCCUAGGAGGUGUCCCAUCACAUUCCGAGCUGCACUACAGCGCAGGGCAGGUGACCGGGCUUUCCGGCUGCAUCCGGGAGCUGCAGGUGAACACCAGGGAGCUCUUCAUUGUGGACGAAGCAGUGAGAGGGAGGAACAUCCAAAACUGCAACACCCCAGUCUGCCAGCACCACCCUUGCCGCAACGGGGGCUCCUGCAUCAGUGAUGCAGAGAACUGGUUCUGCAGAUGCCCCAGACUCUACUCUGGCAAACUGUGCCAGUUCAGUGCCUGCGAGCGGAGCCCCUGCGGUCACGGCGGCACCUGCAUACCCAAGAGCCCGCAGGAUGCUGUGUGCCUGUGCCCGUACGGACGAGGGGGCAUUCUGUGUGACGACCCCAUCAAUAUUACACAUCCACGAUUUAAUGGGACAGAUGAGUUUGGGUACACCUCUUUCAUGGCCUACUCCUCCCUCCCCGGCAUCAGUUUCUUCUAUGAAUUCAAGAUGAAGCUCACCUUCUCCAACAAUGGAUCUGCCCUGAGAGACAACCUCAUCCUCUUCUCUGGACAAAGAGGACAAGGAAUCAAUGGAGAUGACUUCCUGGUGCUGGGGGUACGGAGUGGUAGGAUUGUUCACAAGUUCAACCUGGGUUCCGGGGUGGGCACUGUUGUCAGCGACCGCUUGGAUCUGGGAAUCGGCAUCCACACAAUCCAGUUUGGGAGAUCCUUUAAAACAGGCUGGUUAAAGGUUGAUGACCAGAAGAAUAAGACAGGGUCCUCUCCAGGACAUUUGGUUGGUUUGAAUGUUUUCAGUCGGUUCUACGUGGGUGGAUACAAUGAAUAUACCCCUGAACUGCUGCCCAUGGGCGCUCGGUUUCAGAAUGGAUUUCAAGGCUGCAUAUUUGAUCUGCUGUUUCGGACCAGAAGAGAUGGCAAAUUUUGGGCACCAGGAACACCUGAGGGACAGCCCAUUUCUGGGCGCAGCGUGGGACAGUGUGGGGACUCUCCCUGUGCACUUGUACAGUGCCAGAAUGGAGGAACUUGUGUGGACUCAGGAUCGACUGUGUACUGCAGGUGCCCAUUAGGAUGGAAGGGAGCACUCUGCUCAGAGACGGUCUCUGUGUGUGAUGCUGAACACAGCCCCCCUCCCUCCUGUGCCCGCGGCUCCACCUGUGUCCCGCUUCCUGAAGGCUACACCUGCCAAUGUCCACUGGGCACCGCAGGACAGCACUGCCAGCAAGCUCUGGCCAUCAGUGACCCCUCCUUUAAUGGAAGUCGCUCCUCCUGGAUGUCCUUCACUGCGGUGGGACUCAGGCACAGAACUGACCUGCAGCUGCAGUUCCAGACUUUGUCACCAGAGGGCAUCAUGUUCUACACUGCGCAGCGCCUCAGUGUUCCAGCAGGAGAUUUCCUUUGCGUGUCUCUGACGUCAGGAUUUGUUCAGCUGCGCUACAACCUUGGUGAUGGCACUGUUGUGCUGCAGUCGGCCAGCAAGGUGGACACAAGCGGAAAGACCUGGCACACCGUACGGGCAGGCAGGAAUGGGAACGAAGGUUACCUGGUCCUGGACGGGCAGGAGGUGCAGCGGAACAGCACGAAAACCAUGACCACCCUGGAUGCUGCCACAGAUGUUUUUGUGGGGGGCGUGUCCACCCUGGACACGGUCUCCAGCUGUGCCGUGGAAAAAGACCCGGCAGGUUUCACUGGCUGUAUACGCCAGGUCGUCCUCAACGGUCACGAGCUGGAGCUGACCGAAGGCGGGGCAUCGGGUGGCACCAAUGUCGGAGACUGGGACGGCACAGCAUGUGGGUACAAUGUUUGCCAACACAAUGGCAGCUGCAACCCUGUAGGUUCUGAUGGGUUCAGCUGCGUCUGCCCAUCCGUCUGGACCGGCCCAACAUGCAACCAGUCUGUGUACUGUGUCAAAAACCUGUGCCAGCACGGCUCCUUGUGUGUCCCAGACAUUGUCAGCAACUCAUACAGUUGCAUGUGCCCACUGGGAUGGGAGGGAAAGUACUGCAAUAGAGAAAUAUCCAUGAGAACUGCUCGCUUUAUGGGAAAUUCUUACAUUAAGUAUAAGGAUCCUAAAUACCACAUGAGAAAUCUGAGGUAUACAAAGGUAUCUUUUAAUUUUACUAGCAGUACCAGCGAGGGUUUGAUACUUUGGAUGGGGAAGGCAGAGGAGGAAGACAAUGACCAUCUUGCUAUAGGGCUUUAUGACGGGCACCUUAGAGUCACCAUCAACCUUGGGGAAAGAGUUUCCCUUCCUCUUACCCACAAAAUGACCACACUGUGCUGUGACAAAUGGCAUUUUCUAUCCAUAACUCACAACAGGACUCUUAUACAAGUGUUUGUCAAUGAGGAGAGGGUGUUUUUUGAGGAUGUGGACCCUUUUGAACAUUAUGUUGCCAUAAAUUAUGCUGGUGUGUUUUACUUCGGGGGAUUUGAGCUGCACAGAGAUGUAGCGACCGUAACAGCUGGUCUUUUCACACAGGGGUUUGUGGGGAAAAUAAAAGAUGUUUUUCUGUACGAGGACCCCAAAAAGAUAAAUUUUCUACAGAACUCGGAGGGUUUCAACGUUCACACGGGAGAUGAGUAG